AUGCGUCACAUUGACACCCAAACACUUCUCCUCCUCCAGCCUUGGGAUGCCGCCGGUAUGGACUAUGCAAUCCUAUCGCACACCUGGGGCUGUGAUGAGGUCACCUUCCAGGAAUGGGAGCAGGUUCACCCCUCGGGCGCAAUAAAGGGCCAAUGUCCCCAUUCAAACAAACCGGAGCACACGAUCAAAAUUCGUCAGAAGUCGGGCUAUCUGAAGAUUCUGGGUGCCUGUGAUCAAGCUCGACGUGACGGGAUUCGUUACCUUUGGUGUGAUACCAUUUGCAUCAAUAAAGAGAGCUCGGCUGAGCUAAGCGAGGCUAUCAAUUCCAUGUUCAAAUGGUACAGUAACACCCUAAUUUGCUAUGCUUACUUGACCGAUGUGGCACCUCCAAUGUCCCAGCAGCGCUUCCGUCGGGCUCGCGAUAUCAAACCGCGCUUCUUGAGUAGUCGUUGGUGGUCACGGGGAUGGACCCUUCAGGAGCUUCUUGCCCCUCAGAACGUGGUGUUCUUUGCCAAGGACUGGUCGCCGCUUGCCCACAAGACCGAAAUGGCUUUGUCGAUCUCAAACUCAACCAAUAUACAUAAGCUGGCAUUGGAGAAUCGCUCUACCAUCCCAAGUUUUUCAGUAGCGCAGCGGAUGUCGUGGGCCGCGGAUAGAACGACUACUGUUCCUGAAGACAUGGCAUACUGUCUCCUUGGGAUCUUUGAUAUCAGCAUACCAAUGUUGUACGGAGAAGGAAAUAACGCUUUUAGAAAGCUGCAAGAAGAAAUCAUCAAACGAUCUGAUGAUCAAAGUAUAUUCGCCUGGGCGUCCUACACCUGCGCGAUUGACGCCUGGACAGGAGCGUUCGCAGAAUCUCCAUCGAGCUUCCGAGGCUGUGGGUCAGUUGUUUAUGACGCCGAGGUUACAAAACUCCCCUUUUUGCAAACAAAUCUCGGAUUACGCUUAACCGUGGCCUGCGAACAUACUUCAUGGGCCUCAACUGUUCUUAUGAACUACGUGGUAACAAAAGACAAAACAGUCUGGGGGAAGUUGCGAACGUUCGUCGCAGAUUUCCUCUUUGGCUCCUUAUUCGCAAGGGGAAUGACACCUUAUGGGAAAGAUCUGGAUCGCAAAAGUCAUUGGUCUGCUUGCAACCGUCGUACAUUGUACAAAUAG